GGAAGAAGCCGCCAAGCGGCGCCCGCCCUUCGGGGACCAUGAAGAAAUUCUUCGACUCGCGGCGGGAGCAGGGGGGGUCUGGAGCCGGCUCGGGGCCCAUUGGCGGCGGCGGCGGCAGCGCCGGGCCGGGCAGCGGCUACGUCGGCCGAGUCUUCACCGUGGGGAGGCAUCAGGUGACGGUGGAGGAGGUCGUGGCGGAAGGUGGGUUUGCUAUCGUAUUUCUGGUAAGGACCAGCAACGGGAUGAAAUGUGCCCUCAAACGAAUGUACGUGAACAACGAAUAUGAUUUACAGGUCUGCAAACGGGAAAUUCAGAUCAUGAGGGAUCUUGUGGGGCACAAGAACAUUGUUGGGUACAUUGACUCCACUAUAAACUCGAUGAGCAGCGGAGAUGUGUGGGAAGUCCUGAUCUUGAUGGAUUUUUGCCGAGGGGGCCAAGUAGUGAACCUAAUGAACCAGCGCUUACAGACGGGAUUCACGGAAAACGAAGUUCUGCAAAUCUUCUGCGACACUUGUGAAGCUGUGGCCAGGCUGCACCAGUUCAAAUCACCAAUCAUCCACAGGGAUCUGAAGGUGGAGAAUGUCCUGUUACAUGAUCGGGGCCAUUACGUCUUGUGUGACUUUGGGAGCGCCACCAAUAAAUCACAGAACCCUCAGUUGGAAGGAGUGAACGUAGUGGAGGAAGAAAUCAAGAAGUAUACCACGCUAUCAUACCGAGCUCCAGAGAUGGUCAACCUCUACAGCGGCAAACUGAUUACCACAAAAGCAGAUAUAUGGGCGCUGGGAUGUUUGCUGUACAAGCUCUGUUACUUCACUCUACCGUUUGGGGAGAGCCAAGUGGCAAUUUGCGACGGCAACUUCACCAUUCCUGACAAUUCCCGCUACACCCAAGACACACACUGCCUCAUAAGGUAUAUGCUGGAGCCUGAUCCCGACAAGAGGCCUGACAUUUACCAGGUCUCUUAUUUUGCGUUUAAGCUGGCUAAGAGAGAAUGUCCUGUCCCCAACGUGCAGAAUUCUCCAAUUCCUGCCAAACUUCCAGAGCCUGUGAAAGCUAGCGAAGCUGCUGCUAAGAAAACCCAGCCGAAAGCCAGGCUGACAGACCCUAUUCCUACAACAGAAACAUCCAUCACACCACGCCAGAGACCCAAAGCUGGGCAAACACAACCAAAUCCAGGAAUUCUGCCCAUUCAACCAGCCUUGACUCCCAGGAAGAGGCCUGCGGUCCAGGCCAAUGUCCAGCCACAAGCUCCGGCUCCUCUGGCCGGGUGCCAGCCCCCCCUGCCUGCAACUCUUCCUCAGCCAAACUCUCUGCCUCAACCGACUCAGCCCAAGCCACCCGGCGCUGCACAGCCGGCGGCUGCCUCUGCACAACCACAGCUUCCUUCAACCCAGGCCACGCCGCAGCAUCAGCUCUUCUUAAAGCAGCCACAGCCGCCGGCCUCGGCUCUCUUUUAUCAGCAGCCCCCGCAGAUGCCACCGCUGCAGGUUCAACAGGUCCACAUGAUGCCCCAGGCACCCCAGACGUCUGGGAAGCCUCAAUUCCCGGUGGUGCAGCAGGGAACAGUGGCUGCCACGCCGCAGCAGCCGCCACCACCGCCGAUGCAGAACUAUAUGCAGCAGCCGCAACAGAUGUUGGCCCAGCAAGUCGCCAUCCAACCCAAAAUUGUUGCGGGGCAGCAGAAGCCCCCGGCACAGCUACUUCCGCAACCGCAGGGGCCGCCCUCCGUUGCACCUCAAGCCCCCAGCCAGGAACACCCGCAAGCACCUCCACGACAACAAAAGAUACCAACCACCCCUCCGUCAGCUGUCCAGGGGCAGAAGGUGGGGUCUCUCACACCACCAUCCUCUCCCAAGACUCAGCGAGGUGGACACAGGAGGAUUCUAAGCGAUGUGACCCACAGCACUGUCUUUGGAGUGCCAGCCAGCAAAUCAACACAACUGCUACAGGCAGCCGCUGCGGAAGCCAGCCUCAAUAAGUCCAAGUCUGCCUCGACUACCCCUUCUGGGUCUCCGAGGACCUCACAGCAAAAUGUCUACAACCCACCAGAUGUCUCUACUUGGAACCCUUUUGAUGAUGACAACUUCUCCAAGCUCACUGCAGAGGAGCUGCUGAAUAAGGAUUUUGCAAAACUAAGUGAUGGUAAACCUCCUGAGAAGCUUGACAGUUCAACAGAGAACCUGAUCCCAGGUUUUCAGCCCGCACCUUCCACAACACAGUCAGAUGCAUUUGGCUCUUCUUCUCUUGCACCCAUAUCAGGACUGCAGGGGGACCCAGCUGCAUAUUUUACGGUCAACUGUGAGCAAGAUCGAAGGCAGGGGGCCGCCAGUUGCUUGCCAUUGAAUAAGCUGCAGCAGAGUCACUCUGGAGCAGAACCUGACUUCUUUGCGAGGGACAGCCUUUCAAGCAACAGCUCCUUCCAAAGCAGUGAAGGAGAAGGGACAGACCACGAGGGGGAUCUCUUGGACUGCAGUGGAUCCAGGCCUCUGCUGAUGGACUCUGAAGAGGAAGAGGAGGCUUGCAAAAUGAACCCCCAGCAUCAGGAAAGGGGAAGAGUUUCCCAAAAAGACUUGAACCUACAGCGAGCACAGAAUGUGCCAGGGCAGGUUCUGUUCAACACUUUUCCACCACAACCUGGAGAAGCGUCUGAAGAGACAGAUGUUUUUGCCACAGCCCCUUUCCGAAGCUCUAAAAGCCACUGUGAUGACUUGGACAUUUUCGCUAAAGCACCGUUCCUCUCCAAAAGCCAAGUGUUUUCUAAGCAACUGGAUGAAGGCGACGUAUUCCUUAAAGCUCCGUUCACAAAGAAGAAAAGCCAGGAAGAGCUGGCAUCACACAACGUUGUUAAGGAACCUCCCACCACUCGAGCAUUUAUAGGCUCAGCCGGAGCUGCUCAGUACACAGGUGCCCCUGCGUUCCAGAACCUGGACGGAGGAACCCAUGGCUCCCUCCGUCAGGGUCGGUGUUCUGGGGCCUCAGUUGCUCCACCCUCCAGUGCUGCCCCUUGCUCUGCAAGAGCAAGCGAAGGCCCAGAUGCCCAUCCUCCCAAAGGCGCAUCAGGAGAACUCGGCACCGUUCCCAGCGAUACGCUCCAAAGACACGUGCUCCUUCAGGAAGGCCUCUUGCGAUCAAAGAGCAGCCCACCCCUCCAUCCACAGUCCUUAACGAAAUACUCCCGACACUACAGUCCCGAGGGCAGGCCGGGGGCCGGUGCCCAACCCAUCGCGGCCUACAAAGUCGUAUCUCAGACCAACAAGCAGGUGAUAGCUGGGUCCGUUUCCAUUGCCUCUUUUUCUUCCAGGACUAAAGAACUGCCCACUGGGGACCCAUUUACAUCUGCACCCUUUCCUCCCAAACUGGGGAAGCAGAAGCCCUAAAUGGUUUCUACUGGGACGGAAUAUGCGGCUUCCGACAUGUAUCUUCCUUCCAAGAACUUGCAGACGGAGUCCAUGAAAUGGAAUGGCCUCUCUACUUCAGCCAUCGUGGUCAGCGCUCCAGCUGUGGUGGGAGCUUCCUGACUCAUAGGAAGUCACCUCGGAGCUCUAACAGCCAGUGAUGGAGGCUUUGGAUUGGAGCUUCAGCCACCUUCACUGACCGUCACGUUCUGCAGUCAACAGUUGUUUGGGCAAAUGCUGUACUUAAGCCAGUAACCACACAGUGAAUCUACCAGAUAGGACACGUUUUACCUCGAUUGUAGAUGAAUAGAGCAUCUCAGCAGCCUAUCAAGUGUGUACCAGGAAAAGAAACGAUAACCAGAUGGAAGAUUAUUUAUUUUUUGUUCAUCCUACAAAGAAGCUGAGAGAGAGGACUCAGCAGAUGUUUCUUGUUGAUGCCAAUGCAUUUUACUGAUUCUGGAGUAAUUGUCGAUUUGAAAAAGAAGUAGUCUUCUACAAUGUGCGUUCAGCCCUUAUCUGAAUUUCAUUCCUGCCCUAAGCCAUGUUCUAGGCAAAUGUUGGCUAAGAUUUAGGCUACCAUCUUACAUGACAGAGAACUGAGUAGCCUAUGGACUGUUCCUGUUAUUUUAUAUUUCUGUUUCUUUGUAUAAAGCCUGGGAAGCUUGGUAGUUUAAAAAAAGUUUUUGCUGACUUUUAAAGGGAGUUUUUCUUUUUGUAAGUUACUUGAAAAGCUCUCCAUCAUUUGCAAAGCCAGUUUCCCUUUUUUCCCCAUGAGACAGGUGAGAUCAGCAGCAAGAAAAAGCCUUAAGGUAAAAUUCUCAUUCCCGUGGCUUUGAACCCCACCUUCUCCUACCUUCAGAUCACCCUGUCUUUCCCUCCUAUUGCCACUGAACCCCUGAAUUUGCCGCCUUCUGGAUCUGAAAAUGUGCUUUAGAUACACCCAGCAGUCAUGCCUUCUGACACUGCAGAGUGAAGGCAGGCAGUCUUUCCUUUGUUGAACCCUUGAGGAACUGCUGAGGAACAGUGCCGUUUUUCUGAAUCCUUUGUAAACCAUGAAGAUAAGCCUUGCUCCAUUCUCUCCUCCUCCUUCCCCGCCUCCCCCAGUAGAUGUGCGGAAAGGAGAACCAGAUGUCGCUCGCCCCUAUGUUCAUGUUUAGGGGUGACCCCAACAUUGGUGCAUUUGGCCUGGGUCUGUGCUGCUUUCCAGAUCGUGCACUUAACGCCAUUGGCGGAGCCAGUGAAUGUGCUGGUUCAGACCUUUUCCCUUUCCGUGAAUUUGUUCUGUCCUGGUGGGAGGGCAGGGGGAGACAUGUGAAGGAUGGCGUAUAUGGGUCCCCUUUUAUGUCAGCUGCUCCCAAAUGGAUGUCCUCCAGUUGUGCUAUGCUUCAAAUCCCACACUCUCCAGCCAGCAUGGGCCACCCACACCUGGGGUGCACCUAUUUGGGAAUAGCUGCUUGAUACACAGGCGAGCUAAUUCACAGCUUUGGGUGCAGUUACGUUUCUUGGAUGUUCAAAGUUGAUCCUCUUCAAGCAGCUUUCUUUUGGUUUUGGUUUUUGUUUUACAUAGCUGACAAAAGAAAUGUUUGACCUCUAGUGAGUUUUUUGUUGUUGUUGUUGUUCAAUCACCUGCCAUUCCAGCUACAGUCAUGGGAUUACAUGCAGUGUUGAUCUUCAUUCUGCUGACUUCCCUUGUCCUUCGAUAGCUUUUGAAGGUGGAAGAUGUGGUCCUCCAAAAGACUAUCGACCACUUAAAUCCUUGCAAGGACAAUCUGGGUGUCUGGCUAAAAGAAUCGAGAAUGUGAUCUGUGUGAACUGACCUGUGCUGGGGAAGUUCAGCUGCUGGCCACAGGUUGACUUUCAGCUGUGAACACUGCUGCAUUGUGCCUUUUCUGGAAGAAUGUUGCUGCAUAUUUGCUGAGCUGAUGAGGCAAGAUCUUUUUUACCUCUUGAAAAUAUAUCAAAGACAUGCUUGUAUUUUUCUUAAGAUUUGAACCUGUAUGGGGAGUAUGUUCACUUGAUGUCUCCUUUUUUGGAAUGGGGGGGAAUGCACUUUCUACCACUCUCCCAUGCUGUGUUGCUGCAUUUAUUCAGUAGGGAAGUGGCGUGACUUGAGUCGGGGAAAAUAAUGCUCUCCAAUUUUAUUGAGGCUUUUAUAAAAGACUGUAAACUGCAUGCACAGCUCUUAACAUUUUUGACAAGUAACUUCUAGAUCUGGACUCCCUUGCCUCUAUUGUCUGCUGGAAGAACUUGCACUUUUGAAAAGGAUCAGAUUUCAUAUGAGAAUAAAAAGCUUCUUUCGAUCAUGAGUAUUACAAGAAUGAUAGCAGAAACUGCUGGAAAAGACAUAGACAAUUCAGAUGCUAAACCAAGAUCUCUCCUAAGGGAGACCUGUUUUUGUUUAGUCUUCCCAGGGUCCCCACGUUGACUGCCAAGAUCUGCAUCUUUCACGCAUUCUGUUUAAACAGACCCGUCUGAGCUUGUGCAGAAGUCUUUUCCCACAAGAUGUUAGGGUUCAUCCUUCUAGGAAAUGGAUUCUGGAUAUGAUUUUUGGAUGAAUUAAGGCGUUGCAUCUGGCAUUACCUGCUGACACAUUCCUGGACUGUAAAGAAAGGAGAUUGGCUGUAAGUUGGGCCAACAUCAUGAUGGGGCUCACAACACCUCUUGGAAAGGACUUGCUUGCUUGCUUGUGCACCUACCUCAUCUCUUAAGCAGGUGCUGGAGUGUUUCGUUUUUCUGAUUCUUGUUUGUUUUAUUUUUAAACCCAGCUUUUGCUGCAUAACUUAUACUGCCAAUUAUAGCUUGCAGGAGGGAAUGUGCUGGUUUAGAAAUGUUGAUACCCUUUGGAAGAGGGAGAGAGAAUUCUCAAAAGCCUGGAUGCAGACUUUUGCACCUCUGCUUUUGAAGACUGGAGGCUGAAUGAGCGCUGCUCUGCUGUUUUGUCUUAUUUAAUCAAGUUAAACGACAGAUUAUCUGUUGUGGUUCUAGAGGGUUUUUGAACACAUCAGGAAGACCCACUCUUAAGAAACCAGUCUUAGGAAUGUUCCCCAGGCCGUAUAUUGGAAGGUAUAGUUUUAGACCAGGAUGUCCACUCUGAGAAAAUUAUGACAUGCAAAAGAAGUCAUCUUUGUAGUGUGACACCAUUUGGUGAGUCAGAACAUCACAAUCUUCCCAACCUAGUGUUUUCCAGAUGUACUGGCAUUUUGGUCAUGCUGACUAGGAGAUUAGGGAUGUGAAUAUCCAAUGCAUCUGGAAGGGAUCGAUUUGAGGAAGUCUUAUGAUCUGUGUUCGAUUGUGGACAAAUGUCCGUUUUGAAUUUUCCAUGGCCCUUGUGUUGCAUUUUCAUAGGGAUCUAUAGAAACUUGGCCUCAUCAUAUAGGUCUUGAAGACAAUGGAAAUGUUUUCUUUUUAAAUUGGUGACAAAGAGAACCUCCAGAUCUAAUUCUGGUGCUUACAUCACUAUUACAAUCAGUAAUUCAGUUGCUACUAGUUUUAGUUGGGUGCUUUGAAAUCAUUGUAGAAAUCACUCCACAAAAGAAUAUUUUUGAGUGGGCUCAUAUUAUUAUUAUUAUUAUUAUUAUUGUAGUUAGUAGUUAGUAGUUAGUAGUAGUAGUUGUUGUUUAAAAAGUUCUACAAAGGUUCACAUGGGACAGAUGGUACUUGAAUAGGACUGUAGAUUGGUGUUUCUCAACCCUGGCAACUUUAAGACGUGUUAAACACACAUCUUAAAGUUGCCACGGUUGAGAAACACCGAUCUACAGAUGAUAGAAUCCAAAACUCUGCAACUUUCCAGCUUACCUAAACCAGUUCUUUGGGUGCAGGUAUUUCUCUCUUCAUAUCAGUGUGUGAGAAUGCAACACCCGUAGACCUUGACAGUUCUCUUGUAUUUAUUUAGCAUUUUUUAAGCAUUCCCUUUAUGAUUUGCCCCUGUCCCUGUGUUAGUCUUGAUGGUCACUGAAAAAGAUAGGCAUAACUUAAAAAGCAAAGAACUCUGUACAUCAUAAUGCAGGAGAAUAAAAAUAUGAGCCAAAUAGUGAUAAUGCGAAGUUGACAUCCAGAAUAAUCUUCUCCUGUGUUGACAUAGGGCUUGUUUUUGUAUGCAUGUCUGUGCUACUAUCUCUUACUGUUUAUUUUGUAAGAUUUAAAUUCCUGCCAUUACUGCAUAAUAAUGAUGAGCAAUGGGAUCACCUAAAUUUGGGGAGUAUUCCAAUAUUCAGUGUUCAGUGUUCCUGAAAUGUAGAGUUCCGACAGGACUCUUGCAAGGCUCAUCCAAGUCCUGCUGUUACAGAUGGAGAUGCAUGGAAUGAAGGUUGUGAAGUUCUGUUCUGCUUUUUAGUCAGGUGCAAUAUUAAAUAUGUGAACAC